AGUUAGAAAGUAUUAAAAGUAGCAUUUUCUAUGCAUUAAGUUACGGACAUGAUUAGACACGCAGAAAAUAAAGAGUAAAGGGCGUCACGAAAUUAGCUUUUUGACAAUCGGUGUUAUUCAAUCAAACUCCUGCUUCCAAUCCCAUCUUUUAUCUCCUUUCCUCUUUUUCUUGACCUGUGUUAAAUUCACGUCAGAAUCUUAAACUAAGUGAUCAAGAUGUCGUGGGAUUCUCCUAAUAACAAUUCUUCUGCUGGUCAACCUGACUUUUCCUCCGGUAAUGUUGGCUGGGGUUCUGACAAUGCUACUGGCGGUAAUGUUGAUUUUUCUUCUGGUAAUGCUGGCUGGGGCGCUGACAGUAACACUGCUGGUGGUAACGCUGAUUUCUCCUCUGGUAAUGCUGGUUGGGGUGCUGACGAUGCAGCUGUUGGUAAUAACUUUGCCAAUGCUGGUGGUAACGAUUUCAGCAAUGGCAAUGGUUUUGGUGGUGCUACCAACGACUUCAGUAACGGCACUGCGGCAAGCAAGUAUGCUAAUAAUGAUGCCUAUGAAGAAGCUCGUACGGAACGACCUCCACGAGCUGAACCUACCGAAGAACAACUUCAACACAGAAAUUACAACUGGGCUUCUAACCGUGCUCGUUAUGAAUACAAUGAAAAUGCUAUUGAUGCGAAUGGAAUGGCCCCUCGUGAUGCUGCUCUUGAACAAGAACUUUUCGAAGAAAAUGCUGCUGAACAGCAAACAACUCUUGAUUUCUCCAAGUAUGCAUCUAUUCCUGUACGCGUAGAACGUGGAACAGCUCCCCCUCCUAUCAAGAGUUUUGAGGAAGCUGACCUUCAUCCUGUUAUGAAGGAAAAUGUUAGACUUGCUCGUUAUACCGCUCCUACCCCUGUUCAGAUGCAUUCUAUUCCUAUUGUUACUUCUGGCAAAGAUUUAAUGGCAUGUGCUCAAACUGGCUCCGGUAAGACUGCAGCUUUCUUGGUUCCCACUCUUUCAGCUCUCUUCAGCAGAGCCAAGGAACUUCAAAAGCCUCGACCAGCCCCUUACGAAACUAGAACUUAUAAAGCUGAGCCUUUAGUCCUUAUCAUUGCUCCUACCAGAGAACUUUGCUCCCAAAUUUUCGAUGAAUGUAGAAGAUUUACUUAUAGAUCUCCCCUUAGACCUUGUGCUAUCUAUGGUGGUGCUGAUUCUUUCAGUCAACUUCGCCAACUUGAGCGUGGUUGUGAUGUCUUGGCUGCUGCUCCUGGUCGUCUCAUGGAUUAUAUUCAACGCGGUAAAAUUGGUCUUAACAGAAUCAAAUAUCUUGUCUUAGAUGAGGCCGAUCGUAUGCUUGAUAUGGGUUUCGAAGCUAUCAUUCGUAACAUCAUCUUGAAGAAUGAUAUGCCUACUGAUAGGCAAACUCUUUUAUACUCUGCCACCUUCCCCAGAGCUAUCCGUGCUCUUGCUCGUGACUUUUUAAAACCUGAUUAUCUUUUCUUGAAGGUCGGUCGCGUUGGUGGUACUUCUAGUGCAAUUACACAAAACAUUAUGUACGUUCCUGAAGAAGAUAAGAGAGAGGCUCUUCGUACUUUGCUGAACUCUCAACCACCUAGUCGUACUUUGAUUUUCGUCGAAACUAAGAGAAGUGCUGAUAGUUUGGAUCAAUAUCUUUUCGAUCGUGGUUUCCCCUCUACUUCCAUUCACGGUGAUCGUACUCAAAUGGAAAGAGAAGAUGCCCUUCUCGCUUUUAAGAGAGGCAAAUGUCCUAUUUUGGUUGCUACCGCUGUUGCUGCUCGUGGUAUUGAUAUCCGUAAUGUUAUGCAUGUCGUUAACUAUGAUAUGCCUCAGGAUAUGGAUGAAUACAUUCACCGUAUUGGUCGUACCGCUCGUGUCGGUAAAUCUGGUUUGGCUACCUCCUUCUAUAACGAAAGAAGCGACCUGUUAGCUCCUGAAUUGACCAAGCUGUUGAAGGAAUGCAAACAAAAUAUCCCCGAUUUCUUGGAACAAUAUGUUACUGACGAUAUGACUUUCGAUGAAGAUCUUGAUGAUACUGGAGUAGAAGCUCCCUCUUACGCUGGUCAAGAAUACGUUCCCAUGGAAAGAACUGCUCCUGGUGCUCCUCAAGGAUAUAACAAUGCUGAAGCUACAGGUGCUGCUGAUGCUGCCUGGGAUUCAGGUAACACUGGUGGUCAUAGCGGCGCUCGUGAAGGAGAUUGGGAUUGCCCUGAUUGUGCCACUAGCAACUAUGCUUCUCGCUUUAAGUGCUUCAAGUGUGGUACUCCCAAUCCUAAUGGCGGUAGUGGUGGUGGCCGCCCUGGUGAUUGGAACUGUCCUGACUGCGGUAUUUCUAACUUCGCUUCUCGUUAUGAAUGCUUCAAGUGCGGUGUUCCUAAACCCGAAGGUCUCGGUGGUGGCGACUUUGGUGGUGGAAGACGUCCUCCUCGUGAAAGACGCGAAGGUGAUUGGGAUUGUUCUAGCUGCGGUGCUGUAAACUUUGCAUCUCGUUUUGAAUGUUUCAAGUGUUCUGCUCCAAAGGAGAGCGAUGGUGCUGGUUUCAAUUCUGGUUAUGGUGGUUACGACAACAACACUACUACUGAUACAUCUAAUCUCGACUCUGCAAAUUGGGAUAGCACAGCCGCUACUGCUGGUUGGUCUGCUGAACCAGCUGUCAAUGCUUCUUCUAAUGACGCUGCUUGGGGAGCGUCCACUGAAACCCCCGCUGACGCUGCUCCAGCUCCAGCUACUGGUGAAUGGGGCGCAUCGAAUGAUACACCUGCCGCUGCCGCUCCUCCUGCUCCUGCCAACGGUGGUUGGGGUGCUUCCAAUGAUACUCUUGCCGCUGCCGCUCCUCCUGCUCCUGCCAACGGUGGUUGGGGUGCUUCCAAUUAUACUCCUGCUCAAGCAGCACCUGCUGCUAGCGGAUGGGGAGCUCCAGCCCAAGCUGCUGAACAACCCAAGCCAACUACACCACCUCCUGCUGCCGCUGGUGGAUGGGGUCCCCCUGCUCCUACACAACCUUCACCUGCUCCUGAGGCUUCUACUGGAUGGGGCGCUCCUACUCAACAAACAAGCCCUGCUCCUGCUCAAUCAAUGCCUACUCCCGCUGCUGCCAGUGGAUGGGGUGCUCCUGCUCAAUCUACACCAAACCCUGCUAAGUCCGCCUCUCCUGCACCGGUUCAACAACAUCAACAACAACAAGCUCCUGCACAAGCUGCUCCUGCAAAUGAUGAUGGAUGGGGUACUGCUCCUGCAGUUAGUGCCGAUGGAUGGGGUGCUCCUCCUGCUCAAUCUAGUGGACCCGGUUGGUAA